AUGGGAAACUGCCUCAAAUCUCCGACCUCGGAUGAUAUUUCUCUGCUACAUGAAUCCCAGUCGGACCGAGCCAGCUACGGAGACGGGGCUGACCCCGACCACGAGCCGCCGCCCCCCUAUCAGGAACAGAUCCCGGUGCCCGUCUACCACCCCACGCCCAGCCAGGCCCGACUGGCCACGCAGCUGACGGAGGAGGAGCAGGUCCGCAUCGCCCAGCGCAUCGGGCUGAUUCAGCACCUCCCCAAAGGCGUGUACGACCCGGGGCGGGACGGCUCCGAGAAGAAGAUCAGAGAGUGCGUGAUCUGCAUGAUGGACUUUGUUUACGGGGACCCCAUCCGGUUCCUGCCCUGCAUGCACAUCUACCACAUGGACUGCAUAGACGACUGGCUGAUGCGCUCCUUCACCUGCCCCUCCUGCAUGGAGCCCGUGGACGCCGCGCUGCUCUCCUCCUACGAGACCAACUGA